AUGGCCACUUCUUUCUAUGCUGCGAUAAUCCCUUCUCAGAUGUGGAGGACUCCUCAAUCCUUACAAGUGAAAGCGCAGUGCUUUAGAGACGAAGGGAGAAGAAACAAUAUAGUUGAUGCAAAUUUGAGUAUUCUGAGGGAGAAGAUAGAACAGCUUAGGACCAAAGAGAGAUUGGAGAGAUGUUGCAGAACUGAGCAUGGCUGGAAUUAUGCACCAGUGUCUGAUUACAGAUACAAGAAGGAGGUGGUGUUUUCUCAGGCUUUUGAACUCGUAGGCAUGGUUGGUGGGACUGUUGGCCUGACCUUGCUCAGUGAUUAG